CAUCAAUUGGGAGGAAUCUGCCAACAGUUGCAGAGAUCAUUCAAGUCCAACAUAAAGCACCAGUCUAUAUAUUCAACUGCUGCAUUAUGCCUUCCUUUCACCAAAUUCUCCUUUUGCUAACUUAUGAACUCCUCUUUAUGUCGACCAUUCUUGUGACUUGCAUCAAUGCCACCAAAAGCAUCGGUGCAGGUAGUGUGCCGAAGAGAAUAGUAAGGAAAUUGAUCCAUCGUAAUUCCGUCAAGUCGCCAAUGUAUAACUCUGUUCAUACCAACUUUGACCGUGCCAAGUUCGCUUUCGAAGAUCCCAUCUCCCGUGUUGCUGUAAUAGAGGAAAAGAUGAAGCGCUGCGAGGUGAACGUGUCGUGCUCAGACAACAUUCAAGCCAACCUGCAUGUGAAAACCUGGGUGGGUGUGUUCUUUGUGGAGUCUUAUAUUAAAGACAUGUCUCACCGGAUGGUUACGGUCAUGGACACCGGAAGUAACCUUUUGUGGGUUCAUUGCAUUCCUUGCCCAAAUUGUGCUCAAGCCUCCAUCCGAAUAUACAAUCUGAGCACAUCCUCGACGCAUGUUUCUGGUCAUAUUGAUGACUCGGCUUUUGCUUCACUAACUGUAUGGAACAUGAAGACAUGGAAAGCAAUGACAGUCCUUCCUCUUGGUGAAGAUCCCCCUGCAAUUACUUCUUUGUGCUUUAACCACAACGGGAAGAUUCUUGCUGCCUCUGCCACGGAUGGAAUGAUUCACAUGUUUGACAUGUCUGCCGGUCUACAAAUUACUGGGUGGCCUGCACAUGAUUGUGGUAUAAGCUCCAUUCUUUUUGGAGCUGAUGAGACGAGCAUAUUUAGUUUGGGUACAGAUGGAAAGGUCCUUGAGUGGAGCUUGCAGAAACAGGGUCAUGUUCUGUGGUCAAUCAAUUCAAAGAGCUCCAGUCACUUAAGACAUGAAAUGGCUCUAGAUGCAAAUGGAAGGAGAUUGUUAGUAAAUUCUGGUUCAGUAAGAGCGCCCAUAUACCAGACACGUAGUCGGGCAAGUGGUUUGAGAACUCUCCCGCACAGUGCUUCUGUGACAACGGUGGAUUGGUACCCAACCUUGCCCAUUUUCUUGACUGGAUCAGCUGAUAAUUCCGUGCGGGUGACAUCCAUAUUAUGAAGGCAGGUGCUUUACUCUUCCAUUUUCGAGGCGUUUGUUCUUGUGAUUGAUUGUAUGCUUUUGGUUGGAUGGAUGAUUGUCAGAUUAAUUUUGCUCCUUGAUUGGUUUAGCAAUUAGUAGUCCCCAACUCAUUCUUGUGACUCAGUUACAGAGGUUAUCAUAGGCUCAUAUGUAUCAUAUUGAAAUUUAUCUUCACACCUGUAAUAAGUUUGUAAGAUAACCUUUGAUAUGAUAGAUUCAGAUUGCUAUUA